AUGGCCAAGUAUAUAUUGGUGUUGAUUGCAUUGCAGAAGAAGAAGCGCAGUGGCGGCGCCCAGCAGCAGAAGCCGCCGGCGGAGGCCGCCUCGCCCGCUGCGGAGGAGGACGACGAGCAGCAGGCUGUCGCGGCCAACAACGACGCGUCCGACGAGGCGGCGGCGGCGGAGGACAACAAGAAAAAGGACAACGACAAGGACAAGGGGAAGCAGGACCAUGACAACAAGGACAGCAAGGACAAGGGGAAGAAGCCGCCGCCGCCGCCGCCGCUCCCCGUGGUCACCGCGGUGCUCAAGGUUGACAUGCACUGCGACGGCUGCGUCAAGCGCAUCCGCGGCUCCGUCCACCGCUACCCAGGUGUGGAGGGCGUGGCGAUGGAGGUGGACAAGGGCACCAUGACGGUGGUGGGCCGCUUCGACGCCAAGAAGCUGCGGGACCGCGUCGCCAACAAGACCAUGAAGAAGGUCGACCUCGUCGGCAACAACAAUGCCGCCAACAAGCAGGGCGGGGGCGGCGGCAACAACAACAACAAGGGGAGGCGGAGGCGGCGGCAACCAGCACAAGGGCGCCACCGAAGAGUACGGCAAGCCGGAGAAAGAUCACGACGGCGACAAGGGGAAGAACAAGGAUUUGACUGCAUGAUGACGAUGCAGCCGGUGAUCGGGACCGUGGUUCUCAAGAUCGGCUCCACGGGGCUCCACUGCGAAGGCUGCAUGAACCGCAUCCGCAGCAAGCUCUUCAAGAUCAAAGGCGUGGAGCAGGUGAAGAUGGACAUGGACAUGGCCAAGAACCAGGUGACGGUGACGGGGACCAUGGACGCCAAGGCCCUGCCGGAGAAGCUCCGCAAGAAGCUGCAGCGCCCUGUGGACGUGGUGCCGGCCAAGGAGGGCAAGGACAAGGACGGGAAGCAGCAGCAGGACGGCGGCAAGGACAACUGGUAGUGAGUGGUCUUGGAAGAUACUGUAGUAUCUUCUGCUUAUCUGAUCCUUUUGGGGGGAGCUGGUAGUGAUUUGUUAUUAUGGACAAGGGAAAGAAAACUUUGUAGCCUGAAAAAAUCUGGGUUUUGACAUGAUGAUCUCGAGGCAUUUUAGUUUGCAUUGAAUCUAUCUGUA